ACCGGCAUGAUUAGGAACAUCUGUUUAACCGGCGCGGCAGUCAGACGAACCGGCUCACACGUGUUCCCCGUCGGUAUUUACACGCAGCGCGGUGAUUUAACAAACAGUGACAACUCGCGAUUUGAGGUGUCUUUUUAACCAGCUGUCGACUCGAGUCAGUCGCUGAAAGAGUCUGACAGGAAGUGAAGAGCGCAGCGGAGCCGGAGCUGACGGCGGCUGCCAGGAAAAUAGCAGAUAUUUCCAAAUUCCACAUCUACAAACAACAGAGAUAUGUUAUUGCGCUCAGGGCUGGGACACGAGGUUUGCUCCUUAUAUGCCUGGGAACUAUCAUCCCACCGUGAAGCGCACAGAAGAUUCCUUCCAGGCCUGCAACGACAUCGUGGCGUGUUUCCAGGAGAGAGCCCGCGUGGAGAGGCAGUACGCCCAGCAGCUCGACGAAUGGAGCAACAAGUGGAAACCAGUCGUGGACUCCAGUCCUCUUUAUGGGUCGCUACUGAAGGCUUGGCAGUGCUUCCUGUCAUCCGCCGACCGGCUGGCCUCGUUACACGCCUCCAUCUGUCGCUCCCUGGUGUCGGAAGACGCAGACCGGGUCAGAACCUGGCAGAAGGACACCUUUCACAAGAAGUUAUUUGGAGGCUUCAAGGAGUCCCAGGACAUUGAGACUGGGUUUGCACGCGCUCAGAAGCCCUGGGCGAAACGGCUUAAGAAGCUGGACAAAGCUAGGAGGGCGUACCAUAAGGUGAGCCGUAAGGAGCACGCCGCUAAGGAGAGAGACUUUCACGCUCAGGGAAACCCAGAUGUUUCUAUUGACAAGCAGAAAAAGAUCCAAGAGGAGCGAGAACUGGCUCAGCAGGAGGCCGAGAAGGUCCGCGCUCGCUAUGAGAAAGUCCUGGAGGAGGUGAACCGCUACGUUCCCCGCUACAUGGAGGAGAUGGAGUCCGUUUUCGACCAAUCCCAGGACGAGGAGCGAAGGAGGAUCGUGUUCCUCAAAGAAGCCUUCCUGUCCAUCCACAAACACCUGGACGUCACCACCAACGAGAGUGUGGUUGCCGUGUACAGCGAGCUGCACAACACCCUGAUGGGCAUCGACGACCAGGAGGACCUCCGCUGGUGGAAAAACACUCACGGACCCGGCAUGCCGACCGACUGGCCUCACUUCCAGGAUUAUUCACCUGAGAAGAAAAGCAAAAAGGGGAAGAAGGAGGUGGAAAAGAAAGGAACAAUAGAGAAGAGUGUGAUGAUCGGCGGCGUGAGAGUGAGAGCUCUGUACGAUUAUGUUGGUCAGGAGACGGAUGAGCUCUCCUUUAAAGCAGGUGAGGAGUUUCUGAAGAUCGAGGAUGAGGAUGAUCAGGGUUGGUGUCGGGGAAAGAAGGACGAAGGCUGGGAGGGGCUUUACCCGGCGAACUACGUGGAGGUCGUAUAGUUUCCACAAACAGGAUGGAUAUGGGUAAAAAACCCGGUGCUGCGUCUGGUUCUGAUCAGAAACAUUUAAAAACGACAUUAAAAAUUAAAACCGAGAUGUUUUCCAAACACAAAAAUCUUUUCGACAAACAGAUUUGUACGUUUUUUUGUUUGUUUUUUUUUUAACUUCCUGAAGGAUUUUAAUGAAAGUUUUAAUACAGAAAUGCAAGCAAGCGAUCCCUUUAUGUUACCAUGACAACUAUAUGCUGGAGUAUAAAGUCAUGCUAAUGUUUGGCAUUGAAGCUACAACACAAGACUGAGAUUUUAUUUUGUUUUUUUCACGUUGCUUUUAAAACUGCUGCAGAAGUGAAGGUGAAAAUCGUUACCAAUGUUUGCAGCUUCCAGGUAAAAUAAACCCAAAGCUCUUCAAUGAAGUGACACUAAAAACAUCUUAAUUUGUGGCUUUUAAUACUUACAGUGCAUUUCACCUCCACUUUUCCACUUUGCUGCUUGAAAGGGAACAAUCACAUAAACCAGAGUCAAUUAUUGCAGCUUCUUAAUGGAGCUUUAUAGGAACUUUCUGAUCGCUUUAUUUCUCCAUAACGUCUCCAAAUCACUAAUCUGAAGAAUAAUUACAAACAUUUUCAUGUUUCCAAAGACUUUUAGGAGAAAACAAACAAACUUUAUGCAAAGAUGCUGUUCAGCCUCUUCUACAUCCAUAGUGUUAUUCUGUCUGACAAUAAAUUAAACUUUUGGACUAAAUCCUAACUAGUGGCGACACAUUCUGGUUUUGUUCACAUGUUCCAAGGGGAGUUUAGAUCUUUCUUGCCAGAGAUCAGAAAUGUAAACAUCUGAAUCUUUAUUCUGCAUUUUAUUCAUGCAGUUUCUACAGAAUAUGUUGGUUUUCUUGGAUUACAUUUUCUUAGGUUUCUGCAGAAACAGCAUCACCGUUCUGAUAUAAAUCUCCUUCAGUGCAGCUAAACAUUUCAGCAGGAGAGUUUUAAAGAUCUGAGAAUCUUUUCUGGAAGGAACUUCCUUCAUGUUUGUCUUUACUGGCGAUUAAUCGCGAUUAAUCAAUUACAUAUUAAUCAUCAACAUUCAAAAAAGGCCAUUUACUGAAAAAGCAAACUCUCAGAGCAGUAAUUAACCCAAAACUGUCCAAAAUAUAUAAACAUUUUGCAUUUAAGAUUAAAAACAACUCUGUUUGUAAAUGGUUUUACCCAAAACUCCUCGUAGUUUUAGCUUCACUAAGAGAUUGCUGGAAGAAAAUCUCUUUCUUAUUUAAUCAGUGAGUUGAAUUGUUUAUGCAUUUCUAUUAUUGGAUAAAAAAGAUUUAAGUUGUUUGAUAAAAAUUUGUAGAAUGUGCCGUUUUUAAAACCAGAAGAGUCGUCAGAAUAAUUGAUUAGUAAAAUAUUCGUUAGUUAAAGGCCUAACUGCAAACAAACAAAUCAGCCCAAGUGCUAAUAGUGACCUGUGUUGUCUACUGCUGCUUUGACCUUAAUUAAAUUAAAUUAGCCAAACUCAACAUUUCUGCAUUUUCUCAACUGUAAAGCAAGUCGAGUGAAAAGCCAACAGUAAGUGAAACGUCUUCAUUCUUUGGUUUAGAUGAAAUCUGAAGCUCAGGCUCUCGUUGUCGGGAUUAUUUUCAACCAUUAACGGUAAAGUUUGACGUUCAGUCUUCAAACAACCCGGCAGGAUGUGCUCAAACGUCACCGCUUAUCUUCACAGAAAAGAAGCUGAACGUGUCGCCUGCUGUCUGCAGAGAGUAACCGUUGCCAUGACAUCAGAUUAACGGCCACAUUUCUGGCUUUUUCUUCACUGCAAAAACACAAAAUAUUACCAAGUAUUUUUGAUAUUAAAGUGGAGGCCAAGAAUUGAAAGCAUUUUUAUUAUUAUUAUUUUAUUGGUAAAAAUUGGAGACAGGACUUUGUAUUAUUUCUCGUCAGGAGUGGAUUUGGUCAUGUACUCUGCAAAAACACAAAAUCUUACCAAGUAUUUUUGUUCUAGCUUUUCAUCCAAAUCUCUUAGUAUGCUUGAAGAUGACAAUAAACUUACAAGUAACUUUUCAGCAGGAUAUAAGAGCUUGUUUUAAAUUAAUAAUUCCAUGAUCUCAAUGAAAAUGCAUUAAAUUGGCAAAUGAUUUCAUUUAUGAAAAGACAUUUUUCUCAUGACAUAAAUUAAAUAACCUGCAUUUCUCAUAAAUACUGAGGAUUUUUUAAAAAUUUAAACAAGCUCGUUUAUUGCUCAAAAGUUACUUGUGAGUUUAUUUCUCGUUUAAGAGAUUUGCACUGGUAAAAUACUUUAAGAUUUGUUUUUCUUUUUUUACAGUGUUCAAGAUUUAGUUAACAUUUCAGACUUUCUGUAAAACAGAACAAUCUUUACCAAAGUAAGGAAACACCUGUCAUUAAAAGCUUCCUUUCCUUUGCUUAGCUACUCCUCUCCAUAUAUACAUGUCUGUACUUUUAUCUUUGUCAUGUGAGAAUUAUACAUUUGUAAACUCUUCAUGUCUUUUGGAAAUAAACUCAGAUGCUAAAAACA